AUGGCCCCCACGACCGCCAUAACCCUCUAUUCCACCCUCGCCCUCCUCUGCACCACCACUUUCCUGAAUGUCGGCGGCGCUUCACCUGUCCUCGACCCUCUCUCCUCGACACAGCACCUCCUCCAGCCCGGGUCAGAGCUAGGCCCAGAGCAUCCAGACGCAGCGUUCUACCACAUCCACCCCAUCACCGAUUCCCCGUCCCUAUCCCCCUCCCUCUCCUUUUCCUCUGAGGAGGAGGAGAGGGAGGCAUACAAAGCCCCCAGCUGGUUCGAAUCCACCCUCCUCGCCCGCCGCCUGCUCGCCCUCUCCCCCACCGGCACCGCCUCCACGAUCUUCCCCUCUCCACUCCCCGCGAACAGCCGCGCCUACGCCCACAUCCCCGAGGAUGUCGCCGGCCACUCCAUCAGCCUGACCGAGUACCUGUCCGACUGCGAGCACGCCCUCUUUCCAACCACCUCCAGCCCCUCCUCCUCAUCAUCCCAAGAGAAUGAAGAAGCAACAGGACAAGGCAACCCAAUCUUCCUGGCCCUCAACGUCGCCACGACCUUCCGCAACACAGCGCACGGGUCGAACCUCUCGCUCUCCCUGUCGUGGUGGGACCACGUCAACCGCACCGAGCCCGUGUUCCCCGGGUUUCCCCUGAGUCCCGCGGGGUUACCGCGCGUCACGCUGCUGGGGUAUGUGGAGGGGAUUGAUUUCGAGGCGGUAGCCCGUUCGACUGGUAGGGAUAGGGACGAGGUGGAGGCGCGACUGACGGAGUGUUAUCUGCGUGCGCAUCCGGAUUCGAAGGCGUGGUUGCCGCACCGGAAGGGGGCGCCGCAUGAGAGUUUCUGGGCGCGGUUGGUGGUGCAGCAGGUUUAUUGGGUCGGGGGGUUUGGCGGGUUGCAGCAGAUUGGGUGGGCGAAUUUGUCGGAGUGGAGGGGCAUUGGACGGUGGGGGUCGGCGGGGGAUUUGGGGGAUGGGAGUCGGAGGGGGUGGGAGGGGGUGCGGUUGCCUGGGGAGGAUGAGUAG